AGGAACCCUACUGUCUGUCAUCUCAUGAACCUCUGUGGAACCAACCAGUGGAGCCUCUCAGGAUGGAUGAUGACUUCUGGGGCCCCACAGGGCCUGUGGCUACAGAGAUGGUUGACAAACACAGGAGUCUGUACCGAGUUCACUUGCCUGUGGCUGGUUCCUACCACUGGCCCAACACAGGUCUCUACUUUGUGGUGAGAGAGCCAGUGACCAUUGAGAUUGAAUUCUGUGCUUGGGACCAGUUCCUGGACCAGAUUGUCCCACAGCACAGCUGGAUGGUUGCGGGGCCUCUUUUUGACAUCAAGGCUGAACCAGGAGCUGUGGCAGCUGUGUACCUCCCUCACUUUAUAGCCUUCCAAG